AUGCGCGGUGCAGGCGUCAACAUCGUGCUCAAAGCAGACCAGCCCACAGGCCGCACCGUCUCUGGGACCGUCCAGGAUGUGCUCACGCGGGGCAACCACCCCCGAGGCAUCAAAGUCCGGCUCGCCGACGGCCGGGUGGGACGAGUUCAGUCUCAUACCGACGGUACACAGCAACAGCAAGACCAGCCAUCUACAUUUACCGAGGUCGCUGAAGGCUCGACGGGCUACGAAGACUCACGUAGACCUCCCCGGCGCGGUGGCGGUCGAAGGCAAGAUGCUGAGGCUGAGUUGCCGUCGGCGCAGGUCGGCCUUGAAGCUUACAUUCGGCCUGCUAAGCAGAAGAAUGGUGGACGCGGUAGGGCAGCUGUGAACUCCAGUGCUCAAGUACAGGAAGCGGCGCCUGCUGUGACUUCUGAGAUUGUGACGUGCCCGGUCUGCGCAGAGUUCGAGGGGGAUGCUGCUGCUGUUGAGCAUCAUGUUGCUGGUCACUUUGAUUGA